AUGGCAAUGCCCGUCUUUCGAAAGCAAAAGGAUGACGGUUCGGAGGAAGAAAUCUCAGAAGUUGAGCUUUAUCGAUACACUCGAUACCGGUGGCUAUGCAACGAACCUGAAAACCUUGCGAUGCGUUAUCGCAAAUUCAACAUCUCGGCCCUCGUAGAUGCCGCCGUCAACGCUGCUGGCAACUGUGCCAGAUCUUGUGUCAAGCUACUGAAAUGUACCGAGGGUCAAUACAACAAGGCAUUUCUUAUGACUAUGGAUAAUGGAGCAGAGGUUCUCGCAAGGAUUCCUAAUCCCAACGCUGGUCCGGCUUUCUACACGACUGCCUCUGAGGUUGCUACACGGCACUUUCUACGUACAGUCUUGAACUUGCCCGUCCCACGCAUAUACGCAUAUUCUUUGGACCCACUCAAUCCAGUCGGUGCCGAGUACAUUAUCGAGGAGAAAGCAAGAGGCAAACCAUUAGGGAGCCUUUGGUAUCAGUGGCAAACAGAAUCACAACUCGAUCUUGUGACUCAGCUCGUUGACUUUGAGACAAAGCUGGCGUCGGUUUCAUUUCGGAGACAUGGUUGCAUAUACUACAAGAAGGAUUUGGAAAAGAAAGGUCUUCCUGCCUAUGAUCUGGAAGCCGAGUCUCUAUCGUCUGAUGGUCAUACGAGCCGGCUCAACUCUGAAAUAACAAAGGAGUUUGCGCUUGGGCCUUUGACUGAAGCAAGAUUGUGGGAAGGCGAAAGAGCUACGAUGAAUUUAGAUCGAGGUCCAUGGAGCACUCCUCUAUCCUACAUGGCAGCCAUGGGAAUUAACGAGAUACAAUGGGCGACAGCAUACGCAAAGCCCCAAAUAAACGUUUACCUAUCUAUUGAAACGCCCGAAUCUCCCGAUGAAUACAUUUCACUAUUGAGACGGUACCUUCAACUCGUGCCCCAUCUAUCGCCUGGUCCGUUCCGAACAUCGCUCUCGCAUCCAGACCUUCACCUAGAUAACAUAUUCGUUGAUUCAGACACGAAGAAAAUAACCUUUAUUAUUGACUGGCAGUCGGCCGCGGUAUCUGAGCCUUUUUUCCAGCAUAGUAUCCCGCGUAUGCUUAUCCCGGUCGGCCCUUGCUCCCCUGGUGAACGAUUAGAGGCUGCGUUAGAAGAAUCUAAUGCAAGAGAAGACUCAAACGGGACUGUAGAUCUGCUCAGCCAUUAUCAAAACCUUAGCAGGCUUAAGAAUGGGCAACGGUGGGCCGCAAUCAAUCUACACAAUCGCUCGCUUCUGACCGAACCUGUAUCUUUGCUCUGUGGCGCCUGGAGCAGGAAUGACGUAUUUUCUUUUCGUCACGCCCUGAUACACGUAGCUGCUCGAUGGAAGGAAAUUGCACCAGCCACGACGCCUUGCCCUAUACAAUUUACGGAGCACGAACUAGAGCUCCAUAACGAUGAAUUAGAGCUUCUGGAAGGUCUUGGAGAAGUCCUGCACCAACUUCAGAACGAUAACCUGGUCCCACUAGGCGGCAUGGUUCUUCGAGAAAACUACGAGCAGGCUUUGCGUAUCAACAAUAGCGUUAGGGAGAUGUUUGUCGAUAUGGCUGAAUCCGAAUCGCAGAAAGUUCUCUAUUCACAAAUAUGGCCCUAUCAAGACCGAGAUUCGUGA